AUGAUCGCGACCACAAAGCAACUCCAUAUCGAAAAAACAAACAGUGCAGAUUUUCCGACUGUGUCGUUCGAGCCCUUCGAGCUACCUCCCUCCAACCAGCGUGUGCUGGGACCUCCUCACCCGUCACAUACCGUGAUCCCGCUGGCGUUGCGUCUGACGAACGAAGAGCCACGGCCAAGUCUCGAUAGUGUCGUGCAAACCGUUAAGGAGGUGCAAGAGAAAGAUGGAAUCUUCACCAAAAGACUCUCACGCCACGGCACGCUGCUCUUCCGAGGCCUCCCGAUCAAGAAUGCCGAGGAUUUUAGUAAAUUCGCCCAUGCGUUCGGAUAUAAGCCACAUGAGAUUAUUGGAAUAGUCGUCGACAGACCGCUGCUCGCACCAAAUGUGGCGCCCGCCAACGAAGCUCCCAAGGAGGUGCUCAUCUACAAUCACAACGAAUCCCCCCAAGUCCCGCACGCACCGGAAUACAUCUUCUUCUACGGCCAUCGCGCGCCUAAAGAGGGAGGCGAGUCACCUAUUUCGUCUUCCCUGGAGCUGUUUAAUCGAGCGCAGCAAGAAAUUCCAAAUUUUAUCGCCGAGGUCGCGGAGAAGGGAAUCCUGAGCAGGGUAACCUACAAACUAGAAAAGCAAUACGAAGGCGGCUCCACUCUGCGACAAGCAUUCGGCAAGGAAAUUGUUGAUGGGGACGACGAGGAUACCAAGCGACAGAAGAUCGAGGCUCAGAUUGCUCGAUAUGGUCGGGGCAAGUAUACGACGUGGGAGUGGACAGAGGACGGAAUCGUGCUCACACAUCGAUUGCCGGUUAUUCGGGCGCAGCCCGGCACGAACCUACCUACUUUGUUCACGGGGCUGGCCGCAUACUGGAAGAGGACUCAGUUUGAUGCCGAAGCUCGGAAGAAUGUCACACAGCAGCUUUACGGCGAUGGCACGGUCAUCCCGGAGAAGUACCUGGCGUAUCUUGCUAAGAUUACCGAUGAGAUUCGAGUGCUGCAUCGCUGGCAAGAAGGGGAUGUUUUAGUUUAUGAUAAUACCAUUGCUCAGCAUGGAAGACAGCCAUGGAAAGGUGAACAGAGCGACCGGGUUGUGUUGGCGAGCUUGUUUGACGGAGAGAAUGUCCCCGGGCCGUAUGGCUUUGGGGACUGGGCUCGGGUCGUGCAGGCCUUGGAUUGA